GACGUUUUGUUUCCGUUCUGAUUCGCGCUGGCCAGCAUCACGGGGAUAGAGGCAAAUGGUUUUACAACGUUUGACAUUCAACGCACGACAGACGAAAGGACAUUUUGUAUUAAUUUAAACAAGUAUUGCAAGCGGUGCUGCAUUUUAGAGCAUAAUAGCUACAGUCGUUAUAAAGAAUCAAAGGGUGUCGUCCGCUCCACUGCCGCCGACGCCGGGUUGGUGACCAUGUCAGCCUCUGCAUUCAUCCACCUGGCCCGAUCGGGGGGGUCCCAGGCUGCGCGGCAGAGGGGUUUCCUUCAGACCGCCCUAGUGGGUGUCCGACCCCUCCGGGACGACCCCCCCUUCAGACAGCCCCUCCACCUGUGCACGCCACAUGCCAGCAACACCCGCUUCGACCCGGACAGCAGCGGGAAGCCCACCACCUGGGACUCGUUUGGCAUCUGGGACAACCGCAUCGACGAGCCCAUUAACCUGUCGCCGUCCAUCAAGUACGGCAAGCCAAUCCCCAAGGUCAGCCUGUCCAAGGUGGGCUCUGCCUCGCUCAUAGGCCACCGGAAGGAGAACGAGGACCGCUUCCAGAUCUCCCAGAUGACCGAUAACAUCCUGUACUUCGCCGUGUUCGACGGCCACGGCGGACCUGAGGCGGCGGACUUCUGUGAUAAGUACAUGGAGAAGUACAUCAGGGAUUUCGUGGCAGAGGAGAACAAUCUGGAAGUUGUUCUAAAUAAAGCAUUCCUGGAAGUUGACAAAGCCUUGGCCAGACACCUUCACUUUUCUCCUCACGUGGUGAGCGCCGGGUCAACGGCCACGGUGGCCCUGCUGAGGGAUGGCAUAGAGCUGGUCGUGGGCAGCGUGGGGGACAGCCGGGCCAUGCUCUGUCGCAAAGCCAAGGCCCUGAAACUCACAUCUGACCACACCCCGGAGAGGAAGGACGAGAAACAGCGGAUAAAGAAGUGUGGUGGCUGGGUGACCUGGAACAGCCUAGGGCAGCCCCAUGUGAAUGGGAGACUGGCCAUGACACGUGCAAUCGGGGACUUUGACCUCAAGAGUACUGGGGUGAUCGCAGAACCAGAGACCAAGAGGAUAUCACUGCACCACGUCCAUGACUCGUUCCUGGCACUGACCACGGACGGCAUAAACUUCAUCAUGAACAGCCAGGAGAUCUGUGACGUCAUCAACCAGUGCCAUGACCCCAAAGAAGCCGCCCAGAGGGUCUCUGAGCAGGCGCUCCAGUAUGGCUCAGAGGAUAAUAGCACCAUAAUCGUGGUUCCAUUCGGUGCCUGGGGAAAACAGAAGAGUAAUGAGACCAGCUACUCCUUCAGCCGGAGCUUCGUGUCCAGCGGCCGCUGGGCCUGAAUGGGUGGACUAGGAUAGUCAGUAGGACAAAUUUUACCCUAGACGCUGAUCUUGGAUCAGUUUAUGCGUUUUAUUCCCAAUGGUGACGGUUCGGGGCUUGGGAAUGAAACAGAUCUGAGGGUAACUUUGAUCCGAAGACUUCGAGGGGAGGGGGAUUCCAGUGGACGUUAUAAAUGUGCAAUACAUUCUCCGCACAGGGCGCCCUUGAAACCUGCCGUGGAACACGGCUAACCAGUAACCCAUGCCUUAGAAACAACCGUUGUUGUGGAGAUGAUUAGAAUGAUGUUUCGGUAGUUUUGAGCCCAUUCUACAUAAAAGAUGGUGACUCAUUUUGUGCACUUAACAUGGAACACGUCCUUUUUCCUUUUUAUUUUUCCUGGGUCCAAAAUGGCACCUUAUUCCCUAUACAUGUCACUGUUUUUGAUUGUUCCAUUUAGGACAUGCACAUAAGUAAACAGUAAGAACCUGUCAGUUUGAUGGGAGCUUGAAGCCUAAGAUGUCUGUAUGCUAUUCUUCAAUGCAUGCAGGUGAGUUGGCAGCAUCAUACUAUGCUAGCUUUGUCUGUGAGUUAGCAUCGUACCAAGGCAAAUCAGAUGCUGUCUUUGUGAAGACCCAGAGAAACACCUACUUAGUUGCAUGUCUUGGAGAGUCUUUUUGGUUGGAAGUUGAGUGUUUUUGACAAUGCACAUUUUUAUUUCCAGAUUAUGUCGCACUUGUUUCAAUUACUCUAUGGAUUAUAUUGUACUUGUUAGUGGAUAUCUGUGUAAUAUGGUGCUAGUCUUUCUGUUUAAAGGCUAUUGUCACCUUAAGCAAAUGUCGCAGUCAAAUUGAGGACAAAGUUGGUUAUAGUAAGACAUUGCUUGUAUAGUACAGAUUUGUUGUCAGACAAUGCAGUAUGUACAUACUAAUAUGUCAAAUAGGAAAACACGCACACACAAUGCGUUAAAAUAUCUGCCACGAGGACCACCAUUUGAAUCUCUGCGUUUGUAGCAUUUUAGCACAAUAGGAAUAGCUGUGAGGGUUAAUAUACGUUAAUACAUUAAGACCCCUCAGAAAGUGUCAAAAGCUCAAAGUCUUGUGAUUAGGUUAUAUUCCGUAUGGAAUGUGUGGAUGCUUGCUGUUCUACAAUCAUAUGUGGCCCUAAUGUGAACCACAAUAGAAUGCAUCGAAGACAUUAAGUAGUGAGAGCUUUAGGUAAUACUGCAGUUGUUCAGAUAUCACCGCCUACAUGAAAUACCUCUAGUUUAGUAUUUUCAAAACAAAUUCUUUUAAAUAUUUGAAUGGUUAAUUGUAUAAUGUAAUUAGUCAACCAAAUUGUAUUUAAGAGGAUUUUCAGAUACUUGACAGUCAAAUGCUGGGUUAAAUGCACAAGUUGGGGUAUUUGAUUAUUGUUCUCAUACUUCAAGUGUUUCCAUACAGAUUCAGAUGUUUAGCUACAUGUCUUUUCCAGUUCAAGUUCUCUCUACUUACAAUAUACUGUAUGUGAAAUUGAGAUAUUCAAAAGUAUUUGAGCCCGCGUCUGUGAUCUAUAGAGUGUUCUGGUACCUUUUAGUUGUAUAGUGUGAGCACAGUUAGUUGUCAUUUGACCCUGAAAUAACUUCACUCUGUUGCAUUCCAAUUGCAGACAGGAGAGUUUUUUUAUUGGUGAUAAAAUGGGACUUGAAAAAACUGGGAGACAUGUAAAAAAAAAAAAUGUUUCUUCGAUCCAUGAGGAAAUAUACAAUGUUUUACUGGUGUUCUGAACCUGUUUUGGGUACAUGUAAGUCAUUUGUAAUUUAUGCAUUUUGUACAUACAGUGGGGAGAACAAGAUACACUGCUAAUUUUGCAGGUUUUCCCACUUACAAAGCAUGUAGAAGUCUGUC